AUGGGAGGAAACCAUCGGCCAGUCUGUCUCCUCUUUGACAUCGGAGGAGUGUGUGUUGUCUCGCCAUUCCAGGCAAUCCUCGACUACGAGCUAUCCAACAAUAUUCCUCCGGGAUGGGUGAACUUCAGCAUUUCCCGGACCUCGCCAAACGGCAGCUGGCAUAGGAUAGAGCGGGGCGAGAUCCCUAUGGACGCCAAUUUCUUUGCGGCUUUCAACGAGGAUCUCUGCAACCUCACGUUGUGGAAACAGUUCCACGAACAGCAGCAUAAAAAGAAAGGCCUAAGUGGCACAGUGACCGUGCCUCCACUGCCCAAGGUCGACGCGGAAUGGCUCUUCUGGGAAAUGAUGAGGGUAUCGCGCGCGCCAGACCCUUACAUGUUUCCUGCCUUGAAAAAGCUGAGGGCCUCGGGUAAAUUCCUCCUUGGUGCUCUCUCCAACACCAUCAAGUUUCCAGAGGGCCAUCCUUACAAUAAUGAUGCGUCUGGUCUCAGGUCACAGUUUGACUUCUUCAUUUCCUCGGCGCAUACAGGGCUGAGAAAGCCAGAUCCAAGAAUAUACCAGGUUGCCAUCCAAGAGAUGGAUUCCCUCGCUAAGAAGCGCGGGUUUGCCGGGGCUACUGCCGGUGAUAUCUUUUUCUUUGAUGACAUUGGCGAGAAUCUGAAGGCGGCAAAGCGCGCAGGCUUGCACACCGUCAGAGUUACCCUUGGAAAGACACAGGACGCAGUGAAGGAGCUAGAGAAAAUCACGGGGCUUCAACUACUGGAAAGUGAAGAUAAAGCGCGAUUGUAG